AAGGAGGAGGAGGAUGGAUGACGUCACGUGACACCACCUGUUGCUCAAUGGGGCUGCCUUGCUCGGUGGCUCGUGCUUCAUUCACUCAGUCGGAGGCUCGCCGAGGAGGAGGCGGAGGCGGACGACGAGAAGGAGCCGGACCCGGACCAGGAGCAGUUCGAACAGGGAUAGUGUCGAAAGGAUACGCUUCUGUUUUUUUGUUUGUUUUGUUUUUUUUUUACCGGGAAAAAAUGGAGUUUCUUCGCCUUAAACUACUCGUUUUUGUACUCGCCAACGCCGUGUUUGUCAGCCAUCAGUCGAAAGAACAAGUCUUGCUGGACAUGAGGUCUUCAGGAGGAGAGCUGGGCUGGCUGACGCUGCCAUAUGAGAACGGGUGGGAGAUCGUGCAGACGGUGGUGAACGGCUCCCUCUUCUACACGUACAGCGUGUGCAACGUCGACUCCGCCGACCAGGACAACUGGCUGCGCACCACGUUUAUCCAGCGGCGUCCGGGCGCCACGCGCGUCUCCGUGGAGCUGCGCUUCAUCGUGCGCGACUGCAACAGCUUCGGCGGCGCUUCCGUGUCCUGCAAGGAGACCUUCAACUUGUUCAUUUCCGAAACGGACGCCGACGUGGGCACCAACUUCCGCAAGGGCCAGUUCCGCAAGGUGGCCACCAUCGCCCCGGACGAGGUGACGCGGGGCCAGAAGCCCCUGGUCAACACCGAGACGAAGACGGUGGGCCCGUUGUCCCGGAAGGGCUUCUACCUGGCCUUCCAGGACAUGGGCGCCUGCGUGGGGAUCCUCUCGGUGCGCGUCUACUACAAGACGUGCCCGUCCACCGUCCAGGGGUUGGCGGCCUUCCCAGAGACGGUGGCCGACGCUCUGCGGGAGGUGCAAGGCGCCUGCGUGGAGAACGCCGUGAGUCAGUCCACGCCACGCAUGUACUGCUCCGCAGAGGGCAAGUGGGUGGUUCCCAUGGGCCAGUGCCAGUGUCUCGCCGGCUACGAAACCACCGGGGACUCGUGCCAAGAAUGCAAGCCAGGCUACUUCAAGCCCACCCUUGAAGGCAAACUGUGUCAGGCAUGUCCCGACAACACCGUGCCCUCCGCGGCCGGCGCCACCCGCUGCGAGUGCGAGGACGGUUUCUUCCGCUCCCCCUCGGACCCGCCCACGUCGCCGUGUUCCGCGCCGCCCAGUGCCCCGCGCGACCUCAGCGCCGCCACCCUGCCCGCGGAAGGCCGGCUGCACCUGUCCUGGAGUCCGCCGCUCGUGACGGGGGGCCGCGACGACCUGACCUACAGCGUGCUGUGCGAGCAGUGCGACAGGGCCUCGUGCGCACCCUGCGGCGACAAGGUCCGCUUCGAGCCCGCCGCCGCCGACCUGCCUGACACCGAGGUCGUAGUCGGUGACCUGGACUCGCACCUCAACUACACGUUCACGGUGGAGGCGCACAGCGGCGUGUCCCAGUACGGCGCCGCGAGGCCCGCCGCGUCAAUCACCGCCGCUCUGGACUACACCGAUCUCCCAAAGGUGACGUUGAUCCAUCUGGACGAUCGCAGCCCCACCGGCCUCUCCCUGUCGUGGGCUCUGUCUCGCCGACCUCCGGCCCACAUCAGUCAUCGCUAUGAGCUCAUGUACCGCCGAAAAGAUGCCGACGGAGACCGCGACGUAACCACCUACACGGUCCUGAUCCUGGACAAGAGCUCCGUGCACAUAAACGACCUCACGCCAGACACGACGUACAUGUUCAGGGUGCAGGUGCUCGGUCCCGAAGGGAACCCUGGGAGCUUCAGCGCCGAGUACGAGUUCCACACUUUGCCACUAGCUGAAUCUCAGAUCCAGAACCCCUCCACCAUGGUGAUGGGAGCGGUCGCCGGUGUUGCGGUCGUUCUGCUGGUGGUCGUGGCCGUGCUGCUGCUGCGUAAAAGAAGACUGAGAUCUCAUCGUCGGCGAGGACCCGAGGAUCCCUACUUUUCAUCAGAUCAACUGAAGCCUCUCAAGACUUACGUGGAUCCUCAUACGUACGAAGACCCCAACAUCGCCAUCCAGAAGUUUGUCACGGAAAUUGACCCGAACUCCAUCAGCAAGCAGAAAGUCAUCGGCGUGGGCGAGUUCGGGGAAGUGUUCCGAGGGGUGAUGAAGUCCCCCGCCAGAGGCGAGGUGGCCGUGGCCAUCAAAACCCUCAAGCCGGGCUACUCCGAGAAGCAGAGGCAGGACUUCCUGAGCGAGGCCAGCAUCAUGGGCCAGUUCUCUCACCCCAACAUCAUCCGCCUGGAAGGAGUCGUCACCAAAUUCAAGCACGCCAUGAUAGUGACUGAGUACAUGGAGAACGGCGCUCUCGACAUCUACCUCAAGGACCGUGACGGGGAGAUUCCCACCUACCAGCUCGCGGGAAUGCUGCGUGGAAUCGCCGCCGGCAUGAGGUACCUCUCGGACAUGAACUACGUUCACCGGGACCUGGCGGCGAGGAACGUCCUGGUCAACAGCGACCUGGAGUGCAAGGUGUCCGACUUCGGACUGUCGCGCGUCCUGGAGGACGACGCCGAGGGGACGUACACGACCAGAGGAGGCAAAAUCCCCAUCCGCUGGACCGCCCCCGAAGCCAUCGCUUACAGGAAGUUCACUUCGGCCAGCGACGUGUGGAGCUUCGGCAUCGUCAUGUGGGAAGUCAUGGCCUUUGGCGAGCGGCCCUACUGGGACAUGAGCAACCACGAGGUCAUGAAAGCCAUCAACGAGGCCUUCCGGCUGCCCGCGCCCAUGGACUGCCCGUCGGCCAUCUACCAGCUCAUGCUCCAGUGUUGGCAGCACGAGCGCUCCAAGAGGCCCCGCUUCACCGACAUCGUCAACAUCCUGGACAAGCUGCUCCAGAGUCCCGAGUCUUUGAGCACCAUCGCAGACUUUGACCCACGCGUGUCCAUCCGCUUGCCCAGCACCAGCGGCUGCGACGGCACCGUCUUCCGCUCGGUCCCCGAGUGGCUGGAGUCCAUCAAAAUGAGCCAGUACAACGAAAGCUUCGCCCGGGCGGGCGUCUCCACCAUGGAGCAGGUCCUGGCCCUGAGGCACGAGGACAUCCGGAACAUCGGCGUUCGUUUGCCGGGCCACAUGAAGAGAAUCGCUUACAGCAUCCUGGGCCUGAAAGACGAGUGCAGCUCCCUCAGCGUGUUCGCGGUGUGAUCCCGACGCUUCCGCAAGCCGACGUUGUUGGACGAAGAGGACUGAAAGUGCUGGGGUCGGGGUCGGCCUCACAGGGCCCCCCAACCCUUCCGGCUGCAAAGAGAAAAAUCAAAAAUGCGCUGUGGCACGACUGAACAGGACCUCAGAGGCCACCCGAACAGGAAUAAGACUGAAAAGAAACUUGAUAGCCAUGACGAACUUGACCUUGUUGUGAUCAAAAUCAAACGGGAGAAAAAGUGGACAAGAACUGCGAGCGUUUGGGCUCACGUCGAUCGGAAAAUAAGGCUCUUGGUGGUUAAGGGCACCUUUUCUUUUCUUUUCUUUUCUUUCCUUUUUGUCUUUUCCGGGAUCCAAACAUUUAUUUUUGUACGCGUUCUGUAGUAUUCGAAAUGUUUGCAAAGAUUUUUCCGCUCAGGGUAAAGAAUCACACGUUCUUAUUAGACUUUGUAGUCGGCGCUCGAUCUUCCGUUCGUCCCGCUCAAACCAUCGUAUUUGUUUACACGUCUUAAGACGGCCGUCGGUGUUUUAUUUAUUAUUUAUUUCAUAUUUAUGUCAUUUGUUCCGCCAGGAAGGAGUUCUGAUGUUGAGCGCGUAAUGUCCGGCCAAUUGAUUUUGGCGUGUAAAUAAAAUCAAGACUUGCCUUUACGGUUGUUGAA